CGAUCUUCCAAGGCAGUAAGGCAGCAAGGCUCGAGCUGCCCCGCAGUGGGAAUGAAUAACCGCGUCAAAGAGAUCGCUAGCCGCUUCGGGCUUAGUGGCUCCAUUUCUGCUUCGACAUGUCGCGCCCUUUGCUGCCAAUUCAGGCUUAGUGUCAUCCUGUUGACUCAGGCGUAGCGGCUGAAGGCUGAAAGUGCAUACAUUAUACAUAUGUUCAUACAUACAUGUCCAGGACCAGGGCCACUCAAAGUACAAUUGGGCGUCGACACGCUUUUGUAUCGUGUGUGUAUCGUUGAUUUUCACGCCCUGUUGUUGGGAGGUCUCAAAUCAUGGACACUGUUCAUUCGCAGCGUGCGAAUUUGGAGGAGCUGUUUGACUUUUCCGCCGCGAGUAUGCCUGAGGAUAUGGAUGGUGUGAUUGGGGCUAUGGGGAUGGAUGGAAUGGAAGAGGCGUGUUCUUUGCAUCCAGGCGAGGAAUGUAUCUGUAAUGACCUCGACAACGUCUCGGUGACUCCAGAAGGACUUGAAGAGGAAAAGGAGUUCGACAAUGACUUCUCCAGUUGGCUCCCCCGGUACUCCAAGCCACCUGUACCCUGCGACUAUUGCGGCCCUAGGAAGCUGGACUGCUUCUUCACUUGCUACAGCGACAAUGCUCCUCAGUCAUGCACCUCCUGCAGCGCUCUCUUCAGGCCCUGCAGUUUCGCCAAACCAGAGGAGUCGGUCCGCCCACACAAUGCCAUCGACACUUUACAUGUCGUCGGCGAAGACGACUGCGUGACCAGCGGCGACCUGACAGGUUACAAGCCGUUGAGAUCGAAGUACCUGGGCCGUCUCAACCGUGGAUCGACUCCGACAAACGACGAACCAGACCGUGGACGCAAGACUGGUACGAGGUUCUCUCGCCCCGCCCUGAAGAUCCUUAAGGAAUGGAUGGAGGAGCACCGAAGCAAUCCCUAUCCUUCCGAAGAGGAGAAGGCAAUACUCGCCAAGAGGACCAGUCUGUCCAUGAACCAGGUCAACAACUGGUUGGCUAAUACGCGGAGGCGCGAGAAGAACAAGAUGCCAAAGAGAGCCACUUCGCCUAGUAUUCGUCCGUCCACCGAGGCCGUUGACGUCCCGGAGGGAAGGACGUGGUACGAUCUCAAUCCCUUCGAACGUUGGAAGCACUCUCCUCCCGAGAACGAACCGGCGCCUAUGCCAAUUAUCUUGGACAAUAUCCGACAGUUCAGUCCGCCGACUGGAUCGAGCUCGGCCAGCAGUUAUAGGCAGAAGUCGAGUACAUCUGGCUCUCACUACUCCGCACUGCGAGCCCCAUCAACAACGAGUCUCGAAACGGGUUCGAAGUUGUCAGCGUCAGCCCUCUCGAGUCAGUCCUUUGAGUCCUUCGACUCGGCGAGGUGGUCGCAUGGCUCGAGACGCUCCUGGGGCUCAUUUGGGUCCUUUGGGAACCCGAACAAAGAUCGCCGACGGAGGAGGCGGGCUACGGCGAAGCUGCAAAUGCCUGCCACGAUUCAAAGCAGGAUCUACCAGUGCACAUUUUGCACGGAUCGGUUCAAGAGUAAGUACGAUUGGUCCCGGCACGAAAAGUCGCUACAUUUGAGCUUGGAGAAGUGGAUCUGCGCGCCUCUGGGGCACACAAUAACGAACAUGGCGGGUGAAAAGAGAUGCGCGUACUGCGACUACCUAAAUCCUACGCCCGAUCACAUCGAAUCACACAACCACCAGACGUGUGCAGAGAAAGGGAUCGAGGCCCGGACUUUCUACCGGAAAGACCAUCUCCGCCAGCACCUGAAACUGAUGCACGCCUGCAAGAUGACCGACGGCAUGGAAUCGUGGAAAUCCGAAGCCGCCCUGGUCAACUGCCGCUGCGGCUUCUGCGGCCAAACAUUCACCAGAUGGCAAGACCGAGUCGACCACAUCGCAAAGGAGUUCAAGAACGGCGCCGCGAUGAAGGACUGGAAGGGCUGCCGUGGCCUCGACCCUCACAUCGCCUCCCUCGUCACAAACGCCAUGCCCCCCUAUCUCAUCGACAACGAAAGCAAAUCGCCCAUCCCCUUCAGCGCCUCCAACACCGCCUCCAUCGCCCAGCACACCCCCAUGCUCCACACCCCCGAUCUCGAAGCCCUGAUCCCAUCCUACGCCCAACCACCACCACCAACCACAUCCCUCCCUCCCACAACAUCAACAACAACAACAACACCCCCCUCCCCAACAACAAGCUGGGAACACCUCACCAUCGCCCUGAGCAACUACACCCACCACUACACCAACCACACCCCUACACCCCCCUCCGACGCCACCCUCCAACGCCACGCCCGCCUCAUCCUCUACGACUGCGACGACCCCUGGAACCAGACCGCCGCCGACAACCCCGCCUGGCUCGCCCUCUUCAAGCAGGCCCACGCCCUCGUCCCCGUCCCGCCCUCCUUCGACCGCCGCGACGCCCUCGAGGAUCUCGGCGUCUUGGGCUUGUCCCCGCUUGCUCGCUACGGCGCCGCUCAGGGACCCCGUGAUGUGGCGCUUUGGAAGGCCGAGUCUGUGGCUUUGCGGGAGGGCGUUGGGUUUUUGAGUAGUGGGGAGGCGUAUUGUUCGAGGAGGAUGGAUAUGGAUGGGGGUUUGGGCGCUGGGUUUGCGGCUUCUGCUGCUACUGCGUCAAAUACCACUGCUUUAGGCUUGCAGGCUGAUAGUGGUGUGAUGUAUCCUGCGCUCGGCAACAUGCAAACCCCGUCCUCGUCUUCGUCUGCAGCAGCGCUGUUUCCCGCCGGCGAGCAUGAGGCGUUUAGUCUUGACGAGGACUUGUUUGCUGAUUUUACGUUUGAGGGGGGUUUUGAUGUCGGUGUGGGUGCGGAGUCGGGGAUUGGUGGUGGGAUGGAUAUGAGUAAUAUGGCGGAUAUGGCGGAAUUCGGAGGCUUGUUUUGAGGAUGGGGAUGGGUUGUGCUCUGGGUGUUUUGGGUGUUUUUUUGGUUUGGAAUAUACUGGUUGGGUGGUUGGGUGGUGGGUUGGUAGUGUUUUUACGCGUUUGUCUGUCGGGUUGGAUGUGAGGGGGAGAUAUGUGGAUAGAUUGUAGUGUCGGUCGUGUUUAACGUACACGUGGACGAAUGAGUACAUAUAUAAACGAACGAAAAAGCUGAUAGAAUAGACUGAGGGAAUUGCUGUAAUCGCGAAUACUUAUGGCCAACCUACUACAUACCACGCCUAUGUCAUCUCUGU